AUGACCGUCUCUCGGCAAAGACAAACGGCCGAGGCAGUAGUGGCAGCAUUCAACAACAUGGACGUCGAUAGCAUCAUAGCUCACCGCAGUCCAGACUGCCUCCGUCAUUUCAUACCCAAAUCGUUAGGCUUUUCGCCGCAAAACAACGCCACAUAUGGCGACUCGUUACACCAGCUGUCCGGUAUCUUCCACAACUUUUCAUGCACCGUCAACGACCUGCUCGAAGACAAACAAGCCAACCGCAUCUGCUUGUACCUGAGCGCCCGAGGCGAUACGGUGGCCGGAGAGUAUGUGAAUGAGUACAUGUGGCUGCUCGAUUUCGAUGAGAGUGGCGAGAAGAUCACUUGCUCGAAGGAGUACUCGGAUACAGUGUUAGCGCGAGAUUUCUUCCCGAAGCUCAAGGCUGCCAUGAUUGAGCGGCGUGGGCGGGUAAAAUUGGUCUCUGCUCAAUAUGCGGCCAGUUUUUGGGCAGUGUAG